UUCUUGUGAAGUUAUUGGUAAUUCUACAUAUCUCUUCGAACAAUCACCUGAAAACACUCAAGAUGCAGAAGUGCUUCGGUGUCGUCUGCGUUUCCCUCAUCUUUUCCGCUGCUUUGUCAGAGACUGUUGGGUUUGUAAUUGCGGCCAAAGAGAAACGGGGCUGGACACUGAACAGUGCUGGGUAUCUCCUUGGGCCCCAUGCCAUUGACAGCCACAGAACCAUCAACGACAAGCAUGGCCUAGCAGGGAAGAGAGACUUGCUCAUGGGAGAUGACUUCAGACCAGGUGCUUUGAGAAUAGCAGAUGAGAACGUAAUCCACACCAUCGCUGACUUCUUAACGUAUUUGAAACUAAGAGAAAUGGAAACAUUUGACAGUCUACCCUCUUCAAUCACGGAUGACAUGGAUGAGAUCAACGAGGCCUAA